CAAAAUUAAAAUCCAGAAAAAUAAAAUUUUUAGAGAGAGAAAGUGAGAGGAAGGGGAAUGAAGAAGAAGAAGAAAAGCAACAAGAGUUUGGAGAAGUAGCCCUUCUUUCACUCCAAAACGCCAUUUUUACACUUUCUCUCUCUUCAAUUUUAUCAAAAAUAAAUCACAGUUUUAUCUCUCUAGAAACUCUUAGCGUUUUUCGUGUCACUCUAGUUUCUCUCUCUACACUUUCUCCUCUUCAAUACUCAACCCCCAUUUCUUCUUCUUUUUUCCUUUAUGCCUUCCUUUUCCUUUGAUUACGGGUAGUCAUAAUUCCAGAUUUUGGUUCUAUUUUCAUCCCCAUUGCUUAGAUUUUAUUUGAAUUUUCGUUAAUUUUUUGAAUUUUUUCUGGAUCUGAUUGGGUUUCUGGAGUUCUGGGUUUUCCUCCAAUUGAUGAGUGACGAGAUGAGUUUUCGCUAACUUUUAGACUUUCGAGUUUAAUUUUUGCGUUUGGUUUUUUUCUUCUUCAAAUUUUUAGAUUUUUUCUGGAAUUUGAUCUGAAAAUUAGUGUAUUUUUUAGUGUAAUUUUCCUUCUUUUUGGGGAAAUUGGGUUGUGUUUUUGAAUCUGAGUUCUGUGAAUUGAGUUUCACUCAAGGUUGAUUUUUUUCUUCUAUCCUACACAGAUCAAAGCAUUGCAUUUCCAAUUUAUUUUACCAACUUUUUCGGUAGAUUAAAAAAAUCCAGUAGGUUUUAGCUGAAUUAGCUCCAAUUGGUCUGAAUUUGAGCAUCAGAUUCUGGAAAUACCAGGGAAGUUGUUGGAGAUUGAUCACCAUUGCAGUUCAACUGUCUCAGGAACAAAAGGUUAUUGACCAACUUUAAGAACUCUAUUGAGAUGAUUGAAAUGACGAGCGACAGUGAUAAAAGGAAGGCUGCAAGAUGUCGUAAAAAUUCCCCUGGUGCGGAAGAGGUUUCUAGUGGUGGAAACUCUUCUGGUGGUGGAAGUUCCCUGAAGAAAGGUCCAUGGACAUCAGCUGAGGACACAAUAUUGAUGGAAUAUGUCACAAAGCACGGAGAGGGAAAUUGGAAUGCAGUCCAAAAACAUUCCGGACUUUCACGCUGUGGAAAAAGCUGUCGUUUGCGAUGGGCAAAUCACUUGAGACCGGAUUUGAAAAAAGGAUCAUUUACCCCCGAAGAAGAAAAUCGUAUCAUAGAACUCCAUGCUAAGAUGGGUAACAAGUGGGCUCGAAUGGCUGCAGAGCUGCCUGGACGUACGGAUAACGAGAUAAAGAACUACUGGAAUACAAGAAUUAAGAGGCUACAACGUGCUGGUUUACCCAUUUAUCCCGCUAGUGUCCGUAUGCAAGCAAUGAAUGAUAGCCAACAAAGUGAUGACAUGAUGUCAUGUCAGAAUGGAGAUAAUAUACACCAUUCCGAGGCCUCAGAGACGAAUGGUUUUGAAAUUCCCGAUGUUGAGUUCAAAAAUUUAGGGAUAAAUCAGGGAUAUCUAAACUGUUCCCCAUCUCAUCUACUUGAUAUCCCUCCUUCAAGCCUCCUCCACCAUAAAGGUUUGAGCUCAUCUAAUUGUUACAAUAAUAAUAAUAAUAAUAAUUACAUGUUCUCAGCUUUGAACCCUCACAAACGCCUUCGAGAGGUGGAAAACCAGUUCCAUGUUUCUGUUGCAAGUACAAGCAACAAUGCUUUUCCUACAUUUGAACAACAUGAAGAUGAUCCGUUUGUGCGGCCUCUUUGGUCAUAUGAUCCUGAUUUGAAUGUCAAUAACCAAACCUCUUCAAUUGAUGUUCUUGGUAGCCAUGCCCCUAUUAUUAUAAAUGGCAAUAAUAAUUCUUCUUCUUCUGAGCCCGUUUCCGAGGCUAUGAAGCUGGAGCUCCCUUCACUCCAAUACUCAGCAUCUCAAGUAGGCAGUUGGGCUACACCAUCUUCCCCGUUGCCUUCCCUUGAGUCUGUUGAUACUUUAAUCCAAUCCCCUUUGAGUGAGCACACUCAAUCAAAUUGCCCUUCGCCACGCAACAGUGGCACGUUGGAGGAAGUUGUAUAUGAAUCAAAAUCUAAAAAGUGCUCGAAAUAUAAUACUUCACACCAGCAGAUGAUGAUGGAUGGUUUCGAAUCUUCGUCACAUAAUGUAGUACGUGAAACAAUUCGGGAUGCUUGUUGUGGCGAACCAAUAUCACCACUUAGCAACUCUGCUGCUUCUGUUUUUGUCGAGUUCACUCCUGCUAGUGGUGGAAGCUCAUCAGAUGAACCCCAGUCAGCUGAGACCAUACCAGGUAAAUUCGACUGGGUUUCAGCUGAAUCAGAUGAAAAGAAAGAUGUUUCAUUUGAGAAUUUAAGGCCUGAUGCUUUACUGGACUCAUUAUACUGGUUUCGCCAACGCAUUGGGCGCAGCAAGGAUGAAUCAAUCACAGGAGAUUUCGGGGCACUUCUGGGUGAUGAUCUCAGCUACGAACACAAGCAAGGUGGUGCGCUACCUAUUGAUGAUUCAAAUCAAAGUUUCGGGCUGGGUUUUUCUACAUGGGAUAGUAUCUGUGCUUUUUACCCAUUUUCGAAGAACGAUUGAUCAUUUCGUGCCUUGAUCGAUGCAUUCAUUUUUAAGACCUUGAAUUUGAUUGACUGUGUUAAUAUUUGAAUUUGAUCGACUGUAUUGAACAAAAAGCUCAGUGUGAUGAUAUUUUGACUCAUGCUUUUGAGUUGUAUGUUCUUGUAAGAAUCUUGGUUUUUUUUUUUGAAGACCAGUUUUUUGUUGAAAAAUUGAAAAAAAGAGAACAUUAAGGUACCAUUCUACUGAA